UCCAGCCUUCCGCCCGCGCGCUCUCGCCGCCGCCAGCGUUUCCCCUCCUCGUUCUCCUUCGCCCCCGUCCGGUGCCCCGCUCCGCCGUCCCCCACGGGGCCACGGAACGACGGCGCUGCCAUGCCCUCUAUGGCUCUAUCCCAUUCCCAUGGAGUUGAGCCCAGCAUUCCUCCAUGUGAACAAGAAGUCCGCUGAUCCCGAAUCCUCUCGGUCUCGGAGUCUCGGCGGGUACGGUCAUUAUCGAUGGUGAUGCUCAAGGUUUUGUUACUGCUCAAGAAGCGAGGCAGCAGGCACCACCAGUACUCAUCAAUCCUUGUCGCCUCCGGUUGCUUUUUGGGCGUCUCGCCACUGCUUCCCAUGGAUCAGGUGAUUGUAGCCAUCCACUUACAUAUAGCACAGUCGAUCCCCAUAAAGAAACGAUGGUGUACAGCUUCAAUGGGAAAAAGGAUAUACUAUGUUAAGUUACUGGAGAACGUGCAUGCUCGUGGUGAGCUGUGUGUUAAAUGCUGCUCAAGUGAUCAACUGGUUAAUUUAAUGUAAGAGAUUACAGAGUAGAGUGAAAUGGUUGACACAUGGCAGCUUUACUGGAAAGGGACAUGAACCUUGAGCUUCACAAGAUAAGAAAAGCAUCUGGUGGCUCUUUGCUCUUCCUGCAAGAAAUGCAUAAUCCUACUGUAUCUUCACUAAGUGAGCUAGGAAGGGUAGAGCAAGAGCUAUAAUAAAUAGCAUGUACAUCAGGGACACAUCGACAGGAAACGCUUGGUCUGAUUCUGGCUAAGUCCUUGCAAACAGUUAGUUUUCACAUGGCUCGUGCAAAGAAGGCCAGCCGGAAUGUUUAAUCAAGAUGGGCAGCAGUAGUAGUGUAUCCACCCUUUUCCAUCAACGAUCAUUAAGGUGUUGGCGAUCAACAUAGCCCCAAUUAGCAAUGGAGAGUAUCUGGCAACUAAUUAAUGAGUGGGAAAUUCAGUUGCUAGUGCUUCUCAGCUUUAUCAUACAAGUGUUCCUUUUCUUUACUGGCAGCCUUCGGCGAUGUAGCACGAACGGGCUGCUUAGGGGCACCAUGUGGAUAGCCUAUUUAGGAGCAGAUGUGGUAGCAGUUUAUGCCCUUGGUUUCCUAUCACGACAAGAGGAUGCCAUCAUGGAAAAUGGUACAUUAAGGAGAACCCACCCCCUAGCUUUCUUUUGGGCGCCCUUCCUCCUCAUUCAUCUUGGAGGACAGGACACAAUCACUAGUUUUGCAAUAGAGGACAACAACUUGUGGCUGAGGCAUCUAUUGAAUCUGGUAGUUGAGGUGACCCUGGCCUUGUAUGUAUUCUGGAAAUCAACUAUCUGGCGCAAUGUGCAGCUUCUUGUUCCCGGCAUCUUUGUAUUUGUUGCAGGGAUUAUCAAGUAUGGAGAGCGGACAAUGGCUCUCAGGUAUGGGAACCUUUACAAUAGUAGAUCAGCAGGCAGUUCCUUUUUUAAUGAGAAGACUCCACAGAUGGGUCUAGAUGAUGGAUAUUAUGGUUUUAUCUGCUUUGCAUUGCUAUGGGCUUCAGGAAUCCGAAUGCUGUUUGCAAGGCGUAUGACUGACGACAUAGACAAUCAAUUUGAGAGGCCUGCUCGUAUGAACGCGCUUUUUUUCUUUGAUGAGUAUGCUACUAACACACUUGAUCACAGCCAGUUGAUCAAGUUGUUAGAUGUAGAACUUGGUAUAAUAAUGUAUGAUGAUCUCUACACGAAGGCUCCAUUGCUGCGUAAAAGGAGUGGAAUCAUACUCCGGUGCAUCUCUCAGGUGUCUGCUAUUGUUGCUCUUGUGCUCUUCUCUAUUACUAGCAAAAAACAAGCAGAUAGAUAUGGCAGAGCUGACAUUGUUAUCACCUACAUAUUAUUUACCGGAGGUUUCCUUCUAGAAGUUUGUGCAGUGAUUAUGAUGUUGGCGUCACCUUGGACAUGGGCAUGGCUGGAGGCUGAAGGGUACCGAAGGCUCGCUUCCAUAUCCAGGUUUCUUCUCUCCAGCAAAGUGUUUGGAUUGCCAGAGACUAGGCUGUUGUGGUCAGGAACAAUGGGGCAGUACAGCCUUUUAAGCUAUAUAGGCUUCAACGAGCAGGUAAACCUCUCCCAGCGAGUGAUGAGCAUGAUCAGGAAGAUGGCUGGAGCAUUGGGCAUUGGGGAGGCGAAGAAGCUGUUCUGGGUGAGCAAGCUGUUGGACACCAAGAGCGAGGUGGUGGAUGACAAGAUCACAGAGUUUUUAGUGGAGGAGAUUCGACAUUUUACACAUGGGGGCCAAAGGCAGUGGCCACAUCUCGGUCCAUUCUUGAAGGAAACAGUAACAUUAAGGACGGAUUUUGUUACUACCAUAUCUCUGUUGCAUCUAAUAACAGAGAUUCAUUUAAGUGAGGUGUCAGCAUCCAUUGCUGGUGACAUUGGCGGGGAUUCUGCUGCUCUGGCCAAUGUCUGCCGGAAGCUGUCUAACUACAUGUUCUACCUUGUUGUUGCGCACCCAGCUUCUGCUUCCUUGCUACUGGUAGCCGCUGGCAGUCCUGAAUCUGCAAUAGAGAAAGUUCGUGAGAGUUUUUUGGCUGUGGUGAGCAGUAGCAAGGAUGACACUCUGCACGCAGCCAGCGUGGAAAUCCGGAAAUUAGUUGAGUUACCUUUGACUGAGAGAUAUGAAGAAACACUUGAGGAGCUGAAAAACAUGUGGCUGAGGCUUGUUAUCUAUGCUGCCGGUAAGUCACGCCCGGAGGCGCACGCUGCACAGCUGGCCAAAGGAGGGGAGCUCAUCACCUUCGUCUGGCUGCUCAUGGCCCAUUAUAAGCUUGGGGAUUGCGGGAGCGAACGGAUCGAUCUUACACAGGCACGAGGAAAUGAUCCGGACAUACCUCCUCGUGCACUCCGUGCCUUCAAUCUCUAAGGGAUCUACGGCAGCGACUAACAGGCAGGGUGCAAAGGCUUGGGGUGGGAGCACAAGGACGCCAUUGUGUCAAAUGCAUCCAUCUGCAGAUCCUGGCUGUUAGGGCUACUCUGUGCCACCAAUUCUACCCUUUCUGUCAAUACUGCCAUCUAAAAAGUCAUGAGUCAAUUGGUGGAUAAUAGAGCUUCUAUUCAACUGUUGAUGUUAAUGAUUUAUGGUGCUAAGGUCACCCAAAGGUGGAACAUUCUGCAUGUAACUAGUAAUGAUAUACUUUGUGCUUCCCGUUAAAAUCAUCUUAGUUACGGUCACAGACA